AUGGCUAUACCUGAAAAGUUGGAAUCAGAACUUCAAUAUCAAGAUGACAUAGAAGACGACGAUUCCCUAACAUCAGAAACCUCCUCGAGUGUAGCAGAUAUCAUUGAUAGUGCUGAUGAUGAUGCGCUGCCGUCGGCUGGACCCGCAAGUGAAUAUGAAGACGACGCUGAGGAAGGUGAGAGUGAUGAGAAGGCUACCCAAGACAUACCUAGUGCGAGAAAGUGGGAGAACUUCCAUCUUCUCGGCGGUGUAAAUCAUUUUUUGUUGAAUAACGACGGUACUAAAGCACUGGUGGCUUUAAAACAAGGUGAGGAAGUUAUGAUUGCAGGAAGCUUUCAAGUGCAGAUUCUCAAGGGAGGAAUCAAAUAUAACGAUGUCCAUUAUAAUGCCUCUCAAACCGCACUUCGUGUAUGGCACCCAUCCUGUUCUUCGAUGUCUCCAAUCUCAAGCUCUUUCUUCGCAGGUUGGAAGGAACGAGCAUUCAUAACACCUGAAAUUUUAAAGACUCAAGUAGCGCACAAGGACUUUGAAUGCAUACUGCUUAUUUCUAAUAGAUGCUCUGGAUUACUUGAAAUCUCGAAGCUAGACUCCAUAUUCAGCAAUCUGUGGGUUUCUCGCGAUUACCUCACAUCUCAUACCGCUUCCUCACAACAAUCAACAUUUGCCAUCCUAACCGGACGCACAAUGAGAGAUACAACCUCCGUAUUAAGUCUCAAUAUAUCCAGUUCGUGGACCCAAAAGUUGGAUGAACUCUCACUAUUCCAUCAAGGAAACCCUCUUGAUAUGCGCCUUAUGGUCCUAGGAGGCAAAAAUUCGGGGAAGUCUACAUUCCUGCGGCUGCUAUUGCAAAGGUUUCUACAUGUUGAUAAUGACGAUGACGAGCUCAUAUUUUAUUUGGAUAUAGAUCCCGGGCAAACCGAAUUUUCUGGCCCAGAUUGCAUUUCACUAAACUGCGUUGGGAAGGAUCUGGAACUUGGCAAUCCGUUGGGACAAUCACCUAACGUACCAACUAUCGAACGCUACGUGGGUACGAACACUCCGAGCGCAUUUCCAUCAAAGUAUCUGGCAGAGAUUACAGAGUUAAUAGAUAUUGCCGCCAAUGAAGUUCACAUUGGUUCCACGGUAUUAAAUGUCCCCGGUUGGGUCAAGGGAUUCGGCAUUCAAAUUGUGAAUAAUAUUAUCAGUCGCUUCAAGCCCACUCACAUCUUACUCUUGGGUUCUGUAGCGAAAAAUCAAUCACUACUGAAUGAACUGCAAGUAGACGGAACGUUCUCUACGCCUCUGCGAGAAAACUACAAGGCAGAGGUGGAUAUAAUUGAUGGUUAUCAUGGCUCACCAGCAGAUUUCUCACUUAAGGCGAGAAUCCAACCUUAUCACUUGAGGCAGUUUCGUCUUUUGUCCCACUUCCACAAACUGUGCAGCGCCUCUCACCUCAUCAAGUAUGAUUUUACACCCUUAAUCAAACAAAGACCGUUGAGAGUUUCAUUUGGAGCAUCUGGGCCGAUAAAGGCUUUUAAGUUACCAAUACCAGGAGAUAAAUGGACUGAUAAGAAUAUCAAAGAUAUGCUGGAGGGUACCAUAGUUGGUAUUUACAAGGCCGCUGAAAAGUUUGAUGUCAACACACAAGGUAGAAUUCCCGUUGCUGGACAAAGUACAGGUGGUGUAUUCCUUCAUUUGGGCUUUAUUCAUUCGAUAAACGUUCAAGAAGCGUACGUCAAUAUCUACCUUCCCUUUUCGCGUAAAGUCAGCCCCACAGAUCAGUCUGCUUUCGAUUUUUUUAUAGAGAGACGCAAAACUGAAGCACCAGUGUCUGAGUUGUUGCCGCAUAAUGAGCUUCUGAACGAUCAUCCAGAACUCGAAAUACCAUUUGUUUCUUCUCGUAAGCCCAAAAAGUAUGAGUAUGUGUGGAAAGUACGGAGAAAUAUCCAAAGGAGAGGACAUCUCACAAAGUGA